AUGGGCAGAAGGAAUACCACACAGGUGCCUUACUUCAUCUUUCUGGGGCUGACGGAUUCCCCGGAGGUCCAGCUGGUCCUCUUUCUGCUGUUCCUGCUGAUAUACCUGAUCACAGUGCUGGGGAACGUAGGGAUGGUGCUGGUGAUCCGCCUGGACGUCCAGCUUCACACCCCCAUGUACUUUUUCCUCAGUCACCUGUCCUUUCUCGACCUCACUUACUCAACUGUCAUCACACCUAAAACUUUACAUAACUUACUGACUUCCACCAAGUAUAUUUCGUACAUGAGUUGCUUCACCCAGAUGUAUAUUUUUGUUCUUUUGGGUGCCUCUGAAUGUAUUCUUCUUUCCUCGAUGGCAUAUGAUCGCUACGUAGCCAUCUGCAACCCCCUCCACUACCCAGUUGUUAUGUCCAAAAGACUCUGCUGUUCCUUCAUCUUGGGGUCCUACUUUGUUGGUUUUAUGGAUUCCACUGUCAACGUGCUUUACAUGAGCAGAUUGCAUUUCUGUGGCUCCAAUGUAAUUCGCCACUUUUUCUGUGACCCAUCCCCAAUUUUAGCCCUGUCUUGCACCAACACGCAUGAGGUUGAAAUGAUGUUAUUUAUUGGUGCUGGUUCCACUCUCCUGGUGUCUCUUAUCACAAUAUCUGUGUCCUAUGUUUCCAUUCUGUCUACCAUCCUGAAAAUUACUUCCAAUGCAGGGAAGCGGAAAGCCUUCUCUACUUGUGCCUCCCAUCUCCUGGGAGUCACUACCUUUCAUGGCACUCUGAUGUUUGCUUAUUUAAAACCGAGUAAGUCCUACUCUUUGGGAAAGGAUAAAGUUGCUUCUGUGUUUUAUGCAAUUGUGAUCCCCAUGCUGAAUCCACUCAUUUAUAGUCUUAGGAACAAAGAAGUAAAAAAUGCUCUCAUUCGAAUCAUGCAGAAGGACUCCAGGAAAAUAAAGUAA